AUGGCUGCAGUUUUUGUAAAGAUAGCAAUAGCCGGAAUUAUUUUAGUAGCGAUAGCAGCAAAAGAAGAACCGAUAAGAGAAAACCUUAAAAAAUUUGCCAAAUGGCUAAAAAGAAAAAUAAAGGGGAAAAAGGUGAAAGUUCCCACUGAAAGAAGAGAGAAUGAUGAAACUGAGCAAGAUGCUGAAGGAAUGGAAGCGCUCUUAUGCCCAAUUUCUCAUGAAUUGAUGACAAAUCCUGUCAUAACACCCUAUGGGCACUGUUUUCAAAGGGAGCAUAUAGAGAGAUGGCUGGAAAGUCAUGAUUUCUGCCCAUUAACUAGGCAAAACUUAUCAAGAAGAGACCUUAAACCAUGCUAUACUUUGAAAUAUGCUGUCGAUCAGUAUAUUAAGCUUCAAGACAAGCUUAAAUUUGAGUAA